UAUUAACUCGUUUAGAAAGAAACAAAUAAACCUAAAAAUGAGUGAAUUUCCGACCGAAGAUGAGGAAUUUGAGCUUAUGUAUGGCGAUGAAUACGAUCUUAUAAAACAACAAGAAGAUUUUGAUGAUGAACCACCACAAGUUGUAAGAUCUCGAAGGAGUUUAGAUUUUAACACUCCUUCAACAUCAAAACAAUGCCAAAAGGAAAAUACGAAUCCAAAUGUUUCUCAAGUAUCUUUAGAAGAUAUAGAAGAUAUAGAUAAUGGCCCUUUAAUAAUCAAUCCGACUCCAAAAGAUCAAACUAUUGGCGAAAUAGAAGCCAUAUCAGCCAGUAAAGAACAAUCACUUCCUUCUGGAAGUAAUAAGAGAAGGAUUGAAGAUGUUUUUGGUGACAUUGAUGAUAUUAUGUUUGAAGAACAGAUGAAGAAAAAGAAGAAAAACCCAAAAGAAGAGGAACAGGAGUUAAUAGAUGAGAUUUUGUAUUUAAGAAGAAUUAAUAAGAAGGAAAGUGAACAAAUUUUAAACAGUAAAGAUUAUACUAACUACAGCAAGGAAAGGGACAGAAGGAAUAUCAGUUAUACAGUGCCCAACUAUUCAUUUAUUGGUAUUACCAGAUAUGACAGAGAAAGGAUUUAUAUCAGAUUUCAUUCUGAAAAAUUUGAAGUAGAAGAAACUCAAAGAAUGUUGGAGGAAAGCAACAAAGGUAGUAUUUUAGGAGCAAAUUCUAAAAAAAUUUGGGAAGGUGCAAGAAAAUUGUUAGAAGAAAAAGAACAAGCAACAGAAGAAAUUAUUGUCCAAGCACCAACAGUUCAUAAAGAAGACAGUUUGUGGGUAGAUUUAUUCAAACCAAAGAAAUAUUUGGAGCUUUUGAGUGAAGAGAGCAUAAACCGAGCAAUGCUUAAAUGGAUAAAAUUGUGGGAUAAAAUUGUUUUCAAUAGAAGACCAAAAGUAAAACCACAACCAGCAGCUGAACCUGCCAAACAUAAAUUUUUCAAACACAACAAUCCCAUCAUGACUUUGGAUGAAACUGGAAGACCCAAUCAGAAAGUUGCCUUGUUAUGUGGGCCACCUGGUUUAGGCAAAACAACUUUGGCACAUAUGGUGGCAAAACACGCUGGUUACAAUGUAUACGAGAUAAACGCAUCGGACGAUCGCAGUUUGGAUGCAUUCAAAACCGCUCUAGAGAACGCAACGCAGAUGCGUUCACUCGUCGAUCUCGACAAACGUCCGAAUUGUGUUGUUUUCGACGAAAUAGACGGAGCUCCAUCCGCAUCUAUAGACUUUUUGGUUAAAUUUAUACAAGGAACCGCUCCGGUGAAAGGCAAGAAGGGGGCAAAAGAUAAAAAACAGAGUUUGUUGAGGCGACCUAUUAUUUGUAUCUGUAAUGAUGCAUACGCCCCUGCUUUAAGACCACUUAAACAGAUUGCUUAUAUUGUUAAUUUUCCCCACACCUCUAGUGUCAGGUUGGCGGAGCGUUUAAUGGAGAUUUCCAAAAAGCAAAGCCUACCAACAAAUUUAACCGCAAUGUUGGCGCUUGCGGAAAAGUCCCAAAAUGAUAUCAGAUCGUGUUUGUCAGUUUUGCAAUUUUACAAAGCCCAGAAUAAACCCGUAAAUCUGUCGGAUGUUUAUAAAUCGAGCGUAGGCCAGAAGGAUAUGCAAAAGGGCUUGUUCGCAGUUUGGGACGAUAUUUUCCGAAUUAAAAAACCGAAGAUUUUGCCAGGUCAGGAAGAUGCGCAGAGGGAAUUUAAUUUAGGAACGAGGAUGGAGAAAAUUGUUCAAACUGUUUCUUCAUUUGGCGAUUACGAACGCCUCAUACAAGGUGUGUUUGAAAAUUAUCCAACUUUAAAAUUCAAGGAUCACAAUUUACGUGGCACCAGCAUCACGCAGGAUUGGUUCACAUUCACAGACCUACUGAUUAAACAGAUUCAAAGCCAACAAAACUAUUCGCUCGCCACUUACCUUCCAUACGGUUUUGUUCAAUGGCACUUCGUUUUCUCGACGUUUGGCGCCCCCAAACUGACUUACCCCAGUCAGAGUUACGAGGCGAAAGUCAAGUCGGACAGAACGAAAUCCUUAGUGCAGGGUAUGCUGAAGGGGAUGGUGCCUCAAGUCAAGGCUUUUUGUCAAAAGAAAGCUUUAAUACUGGACAUACUACCUACGAUGGCUAGAAUUAUUCUUCCCCCUCUUCGCCCGGUGAACUUCCAACUAUUCACUCCAGCUGAAAAGGUACAUCUGGAAAGAGUCACUGCUAUUAUGGCUGAUUACAACUUGAACUACAUCCAAGAGCGGAACGCUGAAGGAAAUUAUGUUUAUAAUCUUGAUCCGGAUAUAAAUGAGUUGGUGAUUUUUGAUAAAGAGGACAGCAACAUCCGACAGUUACCAUAUUCGAACAGACAGCUGAUCUCACAAUCCAUAGAGAAGUACAAAAUGAUGCGAUUCGAGAAAUCCGACAAACAAACAAAGGAAAAAACAAACAACCUUCCCAAUCAUCUUCAAACUUUGCAGAUCAAGAAAAUCAAGACUAAAACGUCACCGGGUGUGCAAAAAGAUUUCUUUGGCAGAGUGAUGAAACAAUAUUCCAGCUCUAACGAUUCGAGUGCCCAAACCAUCUGCGACAACGACAUUUGGUACCAGUACAAGGAGGGCCACAACAACGCCGUCAAAAAAGGCAUAAAAAUCUCAACUUUGUUAUAAUUUAUUACUAUUAAACAGUUUUGAAACUUCA